AUGAAGAUAGUUUACAGAAUAUUAGAAGCAAUAAAUUAUGUAAUCAUUAAAAGAAAAUUAGAACUUAAGUAUGCCAAUAUAGUUUUUGCACAAAUGUAUUAUGCUCCAAUAUAAAAAGUUUAGAAUUUAUCUUCAGUAUUUAUAUCAUUUUACAAAACCGCACAUUGUAGAUAAAUCUAAAAAGAACUCAUUAGGCUAAGAAAAUUAAUCCAGAUGUUGAAAUGUUAUGGAUAUCUCCUUGUAGCAAAGUAAAAAAAAGAUAAACCAACUAUGGAUAUCAAGCUUACUAUUAUUCCUGAUUGA